UCGAACCCAACAAUUCCGGAAUUCGAAUUCCGGAUUCGGUUUCGCGUCUACAGCUGUCAGAGCCUGAAUCUCAAUAGAAGUCAGCACCAUGAAAACGCCGCUUGGACUGUCAAAAUCCUUACUCUUAAUAGGACUCUGCGUCGCCUUAAUGUCAGCAACCCUCUCAAAUGCACUCGAUUGCUAUGCAUGCAGCUAUUUGGAUGGGUACAGUGAUACCUCCUGCCUGAACAACGCCAGUGCAGUGCGUGUGAUCAACUGCACCAAGAAGUACUGUGUGACGGUGCGCCAGGAACUGCUGCGCAACUCGAGCAAGGUAAUGUCCUUCCUGCGUGAUUGCCAGGACGAGCCGGUGAUGCUGUACGGAAACAGGCCAGAUGAAACUUUUCGCACUUACUACACAUCCUGCCAGCAAAACCGCUGCAAUGGACACAAUGGUCGGGUAAAGAACUCAACCAAUGGAGCUGGGGGCAGUGGUAUCCACAAUGCCAUAGUUCCAGGAAAAAAUGCUGGACAAGGGAUGUCUUUUUCACUCUGGCCACUAUUCUUGUUUCUUAUCCCGGCACUUUGGCAAUUAACUUAGGCAAAUAAAAAUGGUAUUAGAAUAUGAUAGCUUGUAAUACCCUGCCAUAUUAAGCACUUUGCAGUGGGAGAAUAAAAAAAAAUCUUGAAAACAGAUGGUAAAAGAGCAAUAAAUCUCUAUUAUACACACAUAGAAAAGAGAUAUAUAACAGUUUAUGCUAUGAAUUUCAUGCAUUUUCGAACACUUGAUAAAAAAUGAGCCAAACUCAUAAAGUGAUAUCAGCAGAGGUGACCUAUUUUUUGAAAAUUAUAUAAAGCUCUAUAGAAUUAAGUAGGGUGUGCCUCAGAAUUUAAUGCUUUAAGGCUAAAUUCAUAGCCAAAAGUCGUGUGUUAACAAA